AUGGUCUUCUGCCAUUCGGACUGCGUUAGACAGGUACAACAAGCUUGCAGCCAAGCAAAAAAACCCAGUACCUGUCCUAGAAUAUUCCCAGGUGGUGUUAAACCAUGGGCUGUGCCAUCAAAUUGUGAACUGGCAGUGAAAUAUUUCAAGGUUAUUCGUGCGCAAGAGGAAAUCAAAUGUCUUAAUGUUGAAAUCAGGAGGCUGCAUGAGUGGGUUAAUGCUGAGGAUGCACAUCUGCUUGCUACGGCUGAGGGUACUGCAGGUGAUGAGUAUAUUGCAUUGGAAAUUAAUGCCAUGUAUCUCACCCGUCAGCAUGUUAACAAUGUUCACCGCCAUCGUCUACAGCAGAUUUAUAAUCUCAAAGGCUUUUCUGGAGAUAUCAAAGACAAUAACUCUGCACGGCACAACAAUACCAUCAAUUCUCAAGAAUUAGAUAACGGCGACGAUGAAGAAGAUGAUGUUUUAUUUGAGGAGGUGUUUCUUACUACCACUACUAUCACAACAGAUAAUAUCACUACCACUUCUGACACUAUGUGUGCCAUUCAUAGCAGAGAAGCAGAGCACCGAUUAGCUUAUCUGGACCUUGGGGUUAAUAUGAAAUUUGAUCAUAGUGUUUGUCUUUUGGCUUGCUUUGAGAUGAAGAAAUCGAGGUUUUUAGGACUCGGGGAAUCAUUUUUUACAGUUGCGGUUUCAGAGAAUGAGUGGAGUCAUGCAGUACAAGAUGCUGUUUCCUUGAUACAAGAUAUAUUUGAGAGCACUGUGGCACCUACGCUCUGCAAGGCUUGUUUUAAAGCUUUCUGGGAGUCCAUUGUCAUUCCCGAUCAUCUGAAGCUUCCAGUCAACAACAUUACCCUGCAGUUUCCUAAUCCCAUCUCCAACUCAUCCGUCAACGACACAGGCCCACCUUCACUGAAUAGCUCUGACAAAUAUUGGACGUAUGUUGAGUCCCUUGAUUCAAUAAUGACUGAAGACAUAUUCGAUGCAACAUUCACCACAUUUGACGGUGAGACCAAUAGUGGUAACUUGCCGGUCACAUCCACUCCCCAACCUAGCAGUACUCCUGCAGCCUCCACCACCACCCCAUUGUCGCCUCAUUUGUCCUCCGGCUCCAAGCAGCUGCAUAACUCUGACACCGACUCUUAUUUGUCACUACACACGCUAUCCAGUAAUGUGCCCAGCUAUAAAAACCAUCCUCAAAUGUUGUUUGUUAAUGUGAGGAAAUCCUCCAACAAAGCCUUGGCCAAAUCACAGCAAUCACGUUCCGAGUUCCUUCGUUACAUAAACACUCACUUUGCGCCGACCAAUCACUUGUUGGAGAGGGCUCAAAAGUCUGGGGGUAUAUCAACUGACAUCAGCAAGGGCAAGGCAGCUACGCCUCCAAUGCCCAGAUACCAAAAUUCCAGUGCCAAGGAUGCCCCAGUACUUGCUCCCGCUAGCCAGCAUAGAAGAAAGGCCUCAAUUACGUCUACUCCACCUGACAAUACGUCCACGUUGAAUAAGCACGUUACCAAGGACAACAGGAAACCGGACACUGAUCAGCCAAAGCACGAGGCCAAAUCUUCUUUGCGAUCUUCUAGGGUCAUCCAUGAAAACAAAAUUGGUAAAUUUACAGAGCAGACUAGUGGCUUAUGUACUGCUGUACCAUCUCAUGGAUACGGUGAUCCUUAUGCAAGCCCCACUAUUGUACAAACCAUCAACGUUGCUUCAAAUCCAAGUAAUAUUCCCACCACUACUCCACCCGUCUUUCCAGUUCAUCAUUACUUGUAUCCACACCAAAUCCGCUCCCCUAUGCCUUCCUCCACCAGCCACACCAUAUCAAUCACAAACACUUUUGUGCUCUCUCCCAGUUUCGCUGCAGCCUGGCCCCAACAUAACAGCAUUCUUGACAUGAAGCUCAGGAGCUCUCUGAAAGAGGUAUUAAGGGACGUGAUCAUUCAUGACAACAUUUGGAGUGAGUUAGCACACUGCGUGCGCCAAGAGCCUGGAUACCACCCUGAAAACUGGAAGUUUAUCAUUCAAGACUGCGGUAUUCCCCACGAUCGCAUUGCUCAGGUUUUAAAUGCUUUAAAUGCUUUAGAAGCACGUCAGUUAGCAAAUAUAUCUUCUGUUCGUAUGGCUCCCACUACAGCGCCUCGUAUACAACGGCAUAAACCAAAGCUCACUGAUGCACAAAAAAAACAUCACCGUGAACGUUUUGUAGAGCUAACAAAUGAUAUAGUCACUGCCCAGGAGGGAUACGAGCAAGAAGCCAAUGAAAUUGCUCAAAAGCAUGGACGUGGACAAAUUCACAGUUAUACACAGGCAGUCAAAUCACAAGACAGCAUCGUUGUCCCAAUGUAUGGAAUGCAUUUAUCCGACAACAGCUACAUGCUGCAAACAACGAUCCUUGAUAUACAAAGUGCAAAACUACAAGCCAAGCAUACAAAUCCGAAGGCAAUCCUGCAAGAUGUCAAUGCAACUUUCACCGCUAUGGACCGCGAAUGGACAUCUAUCUGCAAGCGCACCGGCACUGAAGGUUUUUAUGUUGCUGUUUGGGGUGGUAUUGAGCAGUUUUCCGAACCGAAGAUGUUUUUCACCCAAAAAGCAGAAUUGUUUAUCCAACAUGCAUUGGAUCUUGAUCUGUGCCGCUAA